AAAGCUAUACAGUAAAAACCAGUAGGUACUAGUAAAAAUGCGUUUAAUAAUAUUUGUAUUACUUUUUAGUUUUCAAGAUGGUUCCUCCCAAUUAUUCGAAAGAAUAUUCAAAAAUAUAACAGCUGAUAAAUUAAAUUUGGUCAAAACAUGGGCAGAAGAAAAUGGAUUAAGAGAUCUGAAACCGUUUGCAAACGUUGAAUUUAUACAAAACCUCACCCAAAAGUACAAUACCUCAGUACCAUUAGAAACAUUCAUUAAAGAUGCUUUAAAGAAAUAUAAGACCAAGGAAUCACCAACAACUACUGAACAAAUACAGAAAACAAAUUUUGAAAGUUCAACACCAUCAAAAAUAGAACAAUAUUUGCUACCUAUUCCCAGCAGCAAAAAAGUCAACACAGAAAAAACAGAUGAAGAAAAUUUGUACGACACAAUGGAAGAACUACAAAAACGAAUAAUAUACGUAAUGAAAAUUAUACCCCAAUGGGUGACAAAGCAAAAUAUACAGCUGCUUAUGUUUUUACCCCAACUAUCAGCCUUUAGACCAUUAUUGCAACAAAUACUACCUAUGGUGGACCAUUUUGUUUUAAGUAAAGAAAACAUGGCCAAAAUAGAGAAAACAUUAAAUUUGGUUGUCAAGGAAGUAAGGGUAAAUCAGUGUAUACAAGAUUUAUAUACACUCUCCAGACUGGACGAUUCACUUUUGAAUAUGAUAGAUGCCUGGGCUAAACCCCAAGCUGGUAUUCUAAAUGGAAAUCUCUACCACAUGGGUAAUUUUGACCAAUGCCUUAACAUAACAGGAAAAAUAAGUGGGAAAUAUUGUACAAUACCUAUAGAUAUCGAUUUUAAAAAAAUUGAUAGCUUAACCCUAAAACCUUCCUAUGGAGUUUGUUUACCAUCAACUUGUUCUUCCAAUAAUGUUCAGAUAAUUCUAAAUGGUGUUAAUAUGAUCCUGGGUUUACAAAGGGGAUUACAAAUAAAUGAUGAUAUGUGUUACACGAAGGAAAGUGUUAAUAGGUUGUCUUAUGAAAAUUUGACAGCUAUAUAUGUUUUUCUGUUGUUCUUUUUACUAAUUACCAUCAGUACUUUGUAUGAUUUAUGGUCAUCCGAAGCCAAUAAAAGUUUUGGUUGUCAAAUUUUAGUCGCGUUUUCUUUAUAUACGAACGGUAAAAAACUGUUUAGUACAAAAGUUCACCAGGAGACUUUGGGGUGUUUAAAUGGUAUAAGAGUUAUCAGUAUGUUUUGGAUUGUUUUGACACAUACUUGCAUUUAUUUUUGCCAAUACUUCCCUGUUAGUAAUGUUAAACAAUAUGAAGAUAUGAUUACAAAAUGGAAUGCCACAAUCAUAUUGGGGGGAUCACUUGCUGUAGAUACAUUUUUUGCUGUUAGUGGUUUACUAGUGGUUUAUCUUUAUAUGUAUACUAAAGAACAUGAUCAAAUUAAUUUAUUUAGGUUUUAUUUACACAGAUUUUUAAGAUUAACGCCAUCUUUGAUAAUGGUAAUAUUUUUGUCAGCUUGCCUUUUUAAAACUUUUGCCACAGGGCCAUAUUGGAAUGAUACAGUAACCAGCAAAUUUGAGAAAAACUGCAGAAAUAACUGGUGGUAUAAUUUACUAUACCUUCAGACCUAUAUUAAACCUGAGGAUUGUUGUCUUAAUCACACAUGGUUUCUUGCUGUUAAUAUGCAGCUCUACGUCCUAGCUCCAAUCUUAAUUUACUUUUUAACACUACUUCCAAAAUGUACAUUACUGGUAAUGUCGGUUGGCACUAUUGCUUCCUGUAUUUAUUCAGCUUCGUUAACUUGGCAGAAUAAAUAUUUGCACGUCACAUUGGACAACACCACUGAUCAGAAAUUCAGCGUUUUUAUUCCCACAUACAUUAGGGGAAAUGCCUGGCUUGUUGGAGCCAUGUUUGGGUAUAUUAUUUUUAGGAAAAGGAAUCAACAGGUGUACAUUCAUAGGGUUUUAGGAAUUUUUUUAGUGGUUUUUUCAAUCAGCGCUUUAUUGGGAAUAAUAGCCUCUCAUCAAAGACUGGCAGCGGGAUUUUUUGACCAAUCAGAUUCGCAGAAUAAAUACAUUUACAGCACUUUGUACAAUGGCUUUGUAAGGCCAGUUUGGUGCCUAUUUGUCUGUACUUUGAUUUUUCUUUGUGUAAAUGGAUAUGGAGGUAUAAUAAAUAGAAUUUUGUCGGCUCCAAGCUUCAAUUUUCUCAUUAAACUAAAUUAUGCUAUGUACUUAACACACCCAUUGGUAAUGUUCUAUUUUUAUGCCCAAAGAAGAAACCCUUUUUAUGUCACUGAGGUUUUUAUGGUUCAAUAUUUGUGCACCAAUUUUGUAGUAACAUUUUUGGUUUCUAUAUUAUGGACUUUGGCCUUUGAGUCUCCUGUACAGGCUCUGGAAAAAAUAAGGUUUAGAAAAGAGGAUAAAAAUGUAAAUUAUAAAUUGUGAAAAUGGAAAUUUGUAAUAAAUAUAUGUAAUGUAUCAUA